GUCCUCGACGCGCCAGCACUGCAGGACGAUUUCUAUCUGAACCUGGUCGACUGGUCAUCCACCAACGUGCUCGCCGUGGGGCUCGGCUCGUGCGUCUACCUCUGGAGCGCCGCUAGCAGCAAGGUGACGAAGCUGGUGGACGUGGGCCCCAGCGACGCUGUGUGCUCUGUGAGCUGGACGCAGCGCGGCACGCUGCUGGCCGUCGGGACCAACAACGGUCACGUGCAGGUGUGGGACGUGGUGAAGGGGCGUCGGGUGCGGUCCAUGGGCGGGCACAGGGUGCGAGUGGGAGCCAUGGCGUGGGCGGCGAACGUGCUCGCCACAGGCAGCCGCGACCGCAGCGUGCUGCAGCGGGACGUGCGCUCUCCUGUGGACUUUGUUGCUCGACUCACUGCUCACAGGAGCGAAGUGUGCGGGCUCAAAUGGUCGCCUGACGACAGAGAGCUGGCUUCCGGGGGCAAUGACAACCAGCUGCUAAUCUGGAGUGUGCUCACCUCACAACAACCAGUGGUGCGGUUCACGCAGCACCAGGCAGCAGUGAAGGCCAUCGCCUGGUCGCCGCACCAGCACGGCCUGCUCGCGUCGGGAGGCGGUACGGCAGAUCGCUGCAUUCGCUUCUGGAACACCGCCACUGCCACGCCUCUGUCGAGGGUCGACACUGGUAGCCAGGUGUGCAACCUCCUCUGGUCGCGAAAUGCCAACGAGCUAGCAAGCACACACGGCUACUCGCAGAAUCAAGUCGUUGUCUGGAAGUACCCCUCCAUGGCGAAGCUGGCCACCCUAACCGGCCACACCAUGCGGGUGCUCUUCCUCGCUGUGUCACCGGACGGCCAGGCGACGAGACCCUUCGGUUUUGGAACGUCUUUCCGGGAACCAAGUCACAGGGUCCCCAAAGCUCGUCGAUGCUCGCGUCAGAACGAAGUCACAUCCGCUGACGGGCUCAACCCCCUCAGAUGGCAUGUGAUGUGA